CCGGACUCUGGUAAUACCAUCAGCAUAUACUACGUACCAUACAAACUCUUUGGCAUCUUAUAUGUCCGAUAUAACACGAUGGCCCAUCGUACUCGAAAAGGAAGCAAAUGUGGCGGUUGUUGUAACGCUACAUUUGGUCUGGGUAUUGUUGUAAUCAUAGUUCUUAUAGUAGGAGUACCAUGGUUUUUCUAUCACAUCUACAAGCCGAAAGUGCCGGUUUACUCCGUCGUGGGAGCGGCGGUGAUGCCAAACUACACCUUAACCGACGACGGCAAAUUAACGGCCAAAUUUACCGUCAACCUUACGUCCAACAACCCAAACGAAAACGACGUUGCCAUUAGCUACGGCAUCGCGACGGUAUUACUCUAUCUCGACGACGAAGCAAAGGCGCUGAUUGCGUUCGGCACAUUGCCGCCGCUUGAGCAGCCCGCCGGUACGGCGGCCAACACUUCCACCCUCAAUCUUUACGGGCAGGAGGUGGUGCUCGAGCCCAACACUUCCACGCUCUUCAUUCCGGCGCCGCCGCCGAAUAUCACGGCCUUCCCCGCGGUCAUACAGUUGUUUGUUCCGAUCCAUUAUGAUCACAAGUCACGAUAUGACGGGAUGCUUAGCGGGGCAUGCCAAUUGUCCUGCUCUUCCAAUGGAUUUGAGGGGCCUUUCCCUGUUCCUUUUUCAGUGGGACUCAGCCGCAGAAACAAUAAAUUAUUCAUCUUUCCUCCUUGAAUCUUUUACUUUUAGAGUCAACUUUUUAAUUAAACACAGAUUUUUUUAAUUUACGUGCUGAAUUGUGUAAUAAAAAUGUAAGGUUGCGGAUGCAUUUUUUGCUAUAUUAGUUGAAG